AUGGAGGAAACCACUGACGAUGUACCGAUGGUCGACAGCAGCGAUGGCCAGAUGGAACACGAUCGCGUCCGCGACAGUAUGCAAUCGAAUAGCUCGUUUAGCUCAUCGUACAGCGAUCAGGAUGCGGACGGCGGAACGUACAUAGACAACAGUCCAUGGGUGUUUAUGCCCGAACCGGUGUUCAUAAAAAUUUUCCUGCAGCUUCAGGCUCGUGAUGUUUUGAACGCUGGUCAAUGUUGCAAGCGGUGGUACAAACUGUCCAAGGAUGAUUACAUAUGGCGGAAGUACUUCCGCAAAGAAUUUAAUGUAGAUGCAUCCAUUCCGUUAAAAAGAGGUGCGGAAUCUUGGCGUGCCGAGUACCGACGUUUGACGAAUAAUGUUCCGAUGGUUAUGACAGAUGUACUGACCUUCCAUUCACACCAAGUGCUACACGUUAGCUUCUCACACAACGGGAAAAUGUUUGCCACAUGUUCUAAGGAUGGGUUUGUGAUUGUGUGGAAUUCGGCCUAUCCGUCGACGAUACGGGAUUCUUACGACAUGCGUAAGCUUAGCUGGAAAUAUACUCAAUUUUCUCAGUUCAAUCAAACCGACACGUUGUUGCUAGUGUCUGGAGUUCAUUUUGGAUCGCCACACAGCACUUCCGGCGAGAUUGCGGUGUUCACUGUACAAAACGGCUUUAAGCUGAAGUGUCGGGUGACGAAUCGACCCUACGACAUAUUUGGUACGUGGUUUAGCGAUCAACAUUUACUGUCCGGAGAUCUUAGCUGGUUGGCGCACUUGGUCAGCUCGUCGAUAUUAUGGCUGAAUAAAGCGAAUCAGGAGGUUGAUUCCGAGCACACGCCUGUGCGAAAUCAGAUGUACAAAUUCUACAACCGCAAUGCCAGCUCAAUACGUGCGAUUAUGAUCGCAAACUGUCCCUGGCUGAGCGAUCCACCUGAAUGGAAAAUAGAUAUUGGAAAUCUUUUGCGUACCGGCGGUACCGAGCAGAAAUCAUCCGACGAGGAACCCGGCACAAGUGGUGGUGCUCGUCGUGCGGGGAAUCCACUUUCUCAUUACCAGAUGAAUCAGGAUAUGGAUUCCGACGAUGAGGAUGAUGAUGAGGAAGAACCGGAUGAUGGUCAGGAGCAAAGGACUACAGAGGAUGUGCCGUACCAGUUGCUUGUUGGUGACCAGGCAGACUAUGCCAGUCCGAUUCAGUAUCUGGAAGAAUUUCGCCAGGAGUACGAGGAAUCGUACUACGAAUCAUCGGACGACUGUCUGGAAGAUGACGAGGACGAUGCCGACGAGGAAGAGCUGUCUGAGGGAGAAGAAGAUUUGGAAAAUCUCUGCCCCAAGUAUCUGAUAUUUUCUACCGGUUCAAAGACGUACACGCCGCAUCAGAUAGGCUUCAAGCGCAUCACACGCGUGAACUUUCCGCGACGUCUCGAUCCGGGACCGUCACUACGUGAGCGCAUAGCGUUACGCGAUCGGCAACGUGAACUACAGGUAAUUAUGGCCGAGAUGUCACCGGAAGAAAUCCGCCUGCAGUAUAUCUUACAGAAUGAGGAUCCUCCGAAUGAACCGAACUGGGCGAACUAUGAAGCAGUUGCCGGCCGCUUCGAUAAGGUGGACAAACUGAUCGAUCUACACGGGCACAUCAUCGGGAUGGGGCUAAGUCCGGACCAUCGCUACCUGUACGUGAACAGCCGACCGUGGCCGAAAAAUUGUGUCAUUCGCAACCCGCUCGAUCCGCCGGCGAUCGCACAGGAGAUCGACAUACAUGUUAUAGAUUUGGUGUCACUUAAGAAGGUGGGCAAGAUGCUGCGUGCUCAUAAGGCGUAUACGCCGAAUACGGAGUGUUUCUUCAUUUUUCUGGACGUCUGUGAUAAUUAUGUGGCCAGCGGUGCGGAAGACAUGCAUGCCUACCUUUGGGAUCGUUAUUAUGGCGUAUGUUUGGCAAAGUACCAGCACGCUGAUGUGGUGAACAGUGUGGCCUUUAACCCACGUGACAACGAGAUGCUUGUGACCACCAGUGAUGACUAUGAGAUUAAGAUAUGGCGAUCACUUUCGAAAGCGCAAAAGUUGGGCAUACCAACGGUGAACCGAGCGUCGGAAUUUCGCAAACAGAAAAACAAUCGUCCUCCACCACAACCGCAGCAACAUCAGCACGGUAUGCGACCAUUCGUGUAG